CUAAUCUGCACUCACUACAGACUACACCGGCCCAGAGGACUCCUGCAAACCCAUCAGCGUCACCCGUGCUCUGCUUCAAAGGAAUGGCGAGCCCAAUGGUGGGAACCCCAAUCCGCCUCAGCAGCCUCAGAUACGCCCCUCCUUCCCCAGCACCCAGGGGACGAUUCGUGGCGGCGAGGGUGAGGGCGUCGGCGGAGGCGAUGGCGACGGCGACGGAGAAGCUCGGCGUCAGGGUGGAGCGCAACCCGGCCGAGUCCCGCCUCUCCGAGCUCGGCGUCCGCCAGUGGCCCAAGUGGGGGUGCGAGAAGAGCAAGUUCCCGUGGACCUACUCGGCCAAGGAGACGUGCUACCUGCUGCAGGGGAAGGUGAAGGUGUACCCGGACGGCGAGGAGGGGUUCGUGGAGAUCGCGGCGGGGGACCUGGUGGUGUUCCCCAAGGGCAUGAGCUGCACCUGGGACGUCGCCGAGGCCGUCGACAAGCACUACAAGUUCGAGUAGCCUGCACCUACAGCGCUGCACGGCCGGCCGCUGUGCUGCCUGCUGCCGUUGCUAGCACUAGACUGAGGUAUUUGUAGCCGGAUUGUGUUGUGCUCGAGAUUCUUACUAGUAAGUACUGGAUUCUCUUGUGGUGAAAUAAAAACGCCAGGCUAGGAUUGUGUUUGUCCUGGGCUCUGGAAGCAAACCGUGUAUCGUCCGUAUUUUGUUUCUUACUAGUAAGUACUAAUUGCCCGUGCCUUGUAACUGGGGCACAUAGACA